UUGCUGAUCUGGUGGGUCUUCCUGCUGGCGGGGCGCUGCUCUUCCGCUUCUCGUUCCUGCUCUACCUGGCCAUCACCUUCAUCGCCUACGUGCCCGCCGUCACCGGCAACAUCAAGAGCAUGGCCAGGUCCAUCCCGCAGAUCUACUCGGCGUGGGCCUUCGUCAAGGGCCUCCUCUUCCGGUCCCAACAGAACAAGAAGAAGACCCAAUGAAUCCACCUUGAACUUGAAUGCCUUAAGGGAGCAGUUCGCUCUGAUAAUCGCCAAAAAUAAAGGACCGUGGCUGGCCUGCCUCGCCAUCGGCGUUUGA